CGGCGCAUGUGCAGUAUGGGCAGGUUCACGCUGAAGCCCCUCCCCUGCUCCAGUCUGUGCAUUCUCCAUGCUAUCGGCCUGUGACCGGGUGAAUGCAGUUUGACCCUCUCCACCCCCUGUUAUUUGCGCACCGGUACAAGGACAAGCGGGGAUUCUGUUCUUGUCAGCUGUUUCCCGCUCCAAGCUGAUUGGCCGAAUCAAUGACAGCGCCUUUUCUGGUAGGCUGGGGGUUACCAUGGCAGCGGUAGGCGGAGCUUCAGUGUUUCAGGCAUGGAGCGGUCUGGCGGUACGGGGCUCGCGGUCCGCAGGUCCCGGAACAAUGUGGUCAGCUCUGGGGCAGGAUCCGGCCAUGGGAACCGGCGGGAGGAUAAAGGUGGCAAUGACCGGAAGACGCGGGGCCGGAGCCUGGUGUUUGGGGCUGGAGUCUCGGCCGUACUGCUGCUCUAUGUGCUCGGGCUGAGAGUCCUGGUGCACUUCUCAUUGCGGCAACUGGUGACACCUGGAACCCGCAGCACCGGCUUCAAUGCCAGCACUGCCAGGGUUUACUUGGAACAUAUUACUGCUAUAGACUCCAGGACAGUAGGGAGCCCUGCAAAUGAAAUUGUUACAGUUAACUAUUUAUUGGACAAGAUCAAAGAGAUAGAAAUGAAGAGCAGCAAGGUCCACAAAAUCACUGUUGACAUUCAAAGGCCUACUGGAACAUUCAGCAUAGACUUCCUUGGAGGUUUUACUAGCUACUAUGAUAAUAUAACUAAUGUUGCUGUGAAAUUGGAGCCAUCUCGAGGGGCACAGCAUGCUGUACUAGCAAAUUGCCACUUUGACUCAGUAGCCAACACCCCAGGUGCCAGUGAUGAUGCCGUGAGCUGUGCGGUUAUGCUUGAAAUCCUGAGUUCCUUGUCAAGCACAUCAGUUCCACUAAAACAUGCUAUCAUUUUCCUUUUCAAUGGUGCAGAAGAGAAUAUUCUGCAGGGCAGCCAUGGAUUCAUCACUCAGCACCAAUGGGCCAAGCUGGUCCGCGCUUUCAUCAACCUGGAGGCUGCCGGAGUAGGAGGGAAAGAGCUGGUAUUUCAGACUGGUCCUGAAAAUCCGUGGCUCGUACAAGCCUAUUCUGCAGCCGCUGUUCACCCAUUUGCAUCUGUGGUGGCCCAAGAAGUAUUCCAAAGCGGCAUUAUUCCCUCGGAUACAGAUUUUCGUAUUUACAGGGAUUUUGGCAACAUACCAGGCAUUGAUCUGGCGUUCAUUGAAAAUGGUUACAUUUACCACACGAAGUAUGAUACAGCAGACAGAAUUCAUACGGACACUAUCCAGAGGGCAGGUGACAAUAUACUGGAAGUCUUGCGUUAUUUAGCAUCCUCUCCCCUGCUUGCUGACUCCUCGGAGUACCGCCAUGGCAAUUUGAUCUUCUUUGAUGUCAGUGGCAUGUUUUUGGUGUCUUAUCCAGCGCGCAUUGGAACUAUUAUAAACUAUACUAUAGCAGCUGUCACACUAUUUUACCUAAGCAAAAAGACCAUUAAGUACAGAAAAGGAGGUAUAAACUAUGCCCGGGACCUUAUGAUUGGACUGUUCAUCAGUGUAACCAGUUGGAUCUCUGCACUUGUAACUGUCCUUAUCAUAGCUGUACUGGUUUCUCUCACUGGUAAUUCCUUGUCCUGGUAUACACACUUUUAUGUUGCUGUUAGUCUGUACGGAGCAGCUGCUGUGGCCAAGAUUAUUUUGUUGCACACAACGGCUAAAACCUUCUACUUUGCUAAUUCAAGUAGACAGUAUUUGGGAGACCUGUUCUUCGAUGUCUCCUUACUAUCAUGGGGCCUUCCAAUGAUGCUUCUCACCCAGAAAGGCUUAUGCUCUGCUUACUUCUUUGCCAUGUGGGUGAUUUUCCCAUUGGUCACAAAAUUUUUUGCUGAAAAAGAAUCCCUCCACAGAGGUUCUUCUUCUAGAUACUUAUUGGUGUAUCUGCUGGGAUUAUUUUACCCUUAUUUACACACAACCUAUCAUGUGUGGGCAGUUUUUGAGAUGUUCACUCCUAUAUUUGGCCGGAGCGGUACGGAAAUCCCACCAGAUGUUGUGUUGGCUUCCUUCCUGGUCAUUUGCACUGUCAUUUUGUUGACUUGUUUUGUAAAGUUUAUUUACCUUGUCAAGAGCACCAAAACAAUUAUUCUGUUGUUGGCUGCUGUUUCUGGUGUAACAUUUAUCCUUGUGUGUUCUGGGAUGUUCUUCCCCUACAGUGGCAGUAUGGAAAGUCCCAAGCCAAAGAGAAUCUUCCUUCAGCACACAUCUCGAAGGUUCCACAACUUGAAUGGAGAUGUUGUAAAGCAAGAUUCUGGGAUAUGGAUGAAUGGCUUUGAUUACAAUGGAAUAACACACCUCACACCUCAUAUACCUGAAUUAAAUGAUACAGUAAGGGCCCCGUGUGAUGUUGGUCCAUUCUGUGGGUUCCCUUGGUAUUUCCCUGUGCACCUCUUACUCAAAAAAAAUUGGUACCUUCCUGCUCCUCAUCCUCCAAUCUCUGAGGACAUGGAGUUUAAACUGGAAUCGAGAGAAGAAAUGCCCUGGGGUUCUAUACGCAUGAACUUUGAAGUUAAAGGACCCAGCCAUAUAACUGUGUAUAUCCGUCCACAUGAAAAUUGUCUGCUGUCCAGCUGGUCAUUGGGUGAUGGCAUACCAGUAAGUGGCAAUGGUGGGGACUAUUUUAUAUAUUAUUCCCAUGGACUACAAGCUCCUGCAUGGAAAUUCUGGAUUGAAGUUAAGUACCAGGGUUUAGAUGGACACCUCAAUGGAGUCUCAGACAUUGAUGGAAUAAUCACAGUUGCAGCUGCUUCACAUUAUUUCUUUGGAGAGAAUCAACACUCACCGGAGCUUGACUCUUUACUGCAGAGAUUCCCAAACUGGUGUUUUCCAUCCAGCUGGGUCAGUUUAUAUAAGCAAUAUGUCUAUUGAUGAUGAUCUGUGCAAGCAUCACCUUAGUGCUCUAUGUGCAUGUACCAUAGCAACAACGUUAAAAGAAUUAUGGGAAAAGCAUUUAAAUUAACUCUACGACUGCAAUGACAUGUGGACCACUGCAGUUACUGCUUUGGAAAUUGGGUGAUUUCAUGAUCUUGAAAACUGCACUGAAUUUUCUAAAGGGGCAUGGAAAAUAACUAUGGAGAAACCUUGAACUGAGUAUAUCCUCACCUACUCUCAUGCAAAGAAGAACAUUAUAUAAGGACUUUUUAAUAUUUUUACACUGGAUUAGCAGUUUACAUAACAUCAUUGUGGGCUAAACUAAUGUUACUUGUACUGUAUAUUUUUUAUUACAUUUGUCAUUCUUACUCUGGAACAACUGGUAUUAAUUUUAUAUGCACAAUUACGCACAAGCUGCUAUUGUUUUCUGCAUUAUGUGUGUAUGUGUCUCCCCCCCCCCCCCCUCAAAAAAUUGGCGCGUUGUUGCAUUCUGGCCUGAGUCAAAUACAUAGACCAAUGAAAUGGAGGGCUAAACUCAAUGACUGACUUUGGUAGUUUACAGUAAUUUAAGGGCCCAUUUUUACCAUACAUAAGAUUUGGUUAAAAUCUUGCAAGCUUUAUCAGUAUUAUUAUAGAAACAAAAAAAAAAAGAAUAACACACUUAGUCAAGUGUGUGUCCUCUACAUGUUUUACGAUGCACAGUGGUUUUGUCCAGAGGUAGCAGGGAUAUGCCCGCUGUCUCUGGACAAAGCCACUGUGCAUGGCCAAACAUGUAGAGGGGGGCUGAAAUAAAUAUAGCUUUUAAAUUAUCACAUGCAAAUAGUAAUCUGCUCACCCCCUUGCCUCCUCUGCCACCCAGACAGGAAUAACUCCUCUUUUGUUGCUGUGGAUCUCAUAGCGGGAUUGAAGUCCAGCGCAGGCUCUAUGCAAAAUUCUUUGUACACGGUUCAUGUCUGUUUGAUCUGUAAAUAAAUAAAUUUGCAUAGCGCCUGCGCUGGACUUUUCUUCUGCUGUUGUAGUUCUUAAAGUUGUGUUAUAUGUAGUCUAAUCCAUUUACUAAGAACAACACACACACUGUCUCUUUUAAAUAGGGGGUGUCAUUUUUGAUGGUCAGGAAGAUUUUUUCUUUUUGGAACAUUUUUGUUAUAACCCUGGGGGGAUUUAUGAAAACCUGUGCAGAGUUGCAGUGACCCAUAGCAACCAAAUUAUAUUGCUUUCAUUUUCCAAAGGCCUUUAUAAAAAUAAAAAUCAAUCUGGUUGUUAUGGGUAACAGCACCGCUCCCAUUGUGUCCCAAAGCAUCACAGGUGAGAUUUAUCAAAAUCUGUGCAAAGGAAAAGUUGCCCUGUUGCCCAUAGCAACCAAUCAGAUCGCUUUUUUUCAUUUAACAAGUCCUCUGCAAAAUGAAAGAAGUGAUCUGAUUGGUUGCUAUGGGCAACUUUUCCUCUGGACAGGUUUUGAUAAAUCUCCCCCCAUGGUUCCAUCACUCACCUCAGUGGUGUUGGUUAUUGAACCUUACAAAACUAAUAUUCAUGGCUCAUUCAUAGAUAUUGAUGGCUUAUUCAAAGUACUGGAAACCCUCUAAUGCUCUAAGACUUUUCUGCCUGUGGAUUUACUACUUUAUUUUCUUAAUGUAAUUCAACAGCUAUAAUGUAAACAAAUAUGGUAACCAUACCAAAUAUAAUUAAUGUGACAAUUGGUUGAUUUAUAUUUUGUGGCUGUACACCUCUUCUGUUAACUGUUGGACUGAAUUGCUACAUCAACUGCAAGAAUUUUCCAAAGCUCCUUCUCUUCUGUUUUUAUUUUAUUUGUUGCACUAAGACUGUAAUACAUGUUUAUUAUGAAAAAAAAUCUAUCUUAUGGUGACCAGUUGUACGGUCUAUAGUGUUUCAAUAACCAUAGUAAACAAGAAAAAUAAUCAAAAUGCCAGUGGA